CAAGACCCUGCCUUGCCUUCGCGCCCGUACGUGAUCGGCCUCACUGGAGGAACCGGGAGUGGGAAAACCUCCAUUGCCAAACUCCUGGGGCACCUGGGAGCGUUCCUCAUCGACGCUGACAAGCUGGGCCACACCGUCUAUGUCCCCGGUGGCCCUGCCUACGAGCAGGUGGUGGCGGCCUUUGGGGCAGAAAUCUUGAAUGAAGAUGGGAUGAUUAACAGGAAAGUCCUUGGGGCCAAAGUGUUUGGAAACGAGGAGCGGCUGAAGAGUCUCACGGACAUUGUGUGGCCUGAGAUGGCCCGGAUGGUCAAGGAGCAGAUCAGGGAGGCAGAUGCUCAAGGAAAGGCCGUGUGCGUGCUGGACGCUGCAGUGCUGCUGGAGGCUGGCUGGCAAGACAUGGUCCAUGAGGUGUGGACGGCCAUCAUCCCAGAGGAGGAGGCUGUGAAGCGCAUCAUGGCGAGGGAUGGGCUGAGCGAGGAGGCUGCUCGCAGCCGGCUGCAGAGCCAGAUGACCAACAGCCAAAGGGUGGAGCAGUCGCAGGUGGUGCUGUGCACGCUCUGGGAGCCGGACGUCACCCGCAAGCAG